CUCAACUGUUUAGGGUUAGCUUACUACAGGCAACUAGAAACUUUUGCCAGAAUUUUGACUUACCAAGCCUGCCGCCAGCGCCUUCUCUGAAGAAUUUGCACCCGGGAUUGCAAUUAUUAUUAGCGUGUGCCUGCGCCCAUAGCUGCAAACCAACAUUUAAAACCCGUUUGAAACUUACACCAUGAUCCGCUCACUGGCAAUUUGCUUCAGUUUGCUGUUGUUUCAAGGUGAAGGAAAUGCCAAGAGACGUCACCACGUUAUCUACUGGAACACAGUAAUGAACCCAGGGUUGCUCUCGACCAGCGAACACACUUACCACGUGAAAAUUGGCGAGUUUCUUGACAUUCUAUGCCCACAGAACAGCUUGAUGGGGAUAACGGAUGGUCUCGAAGAACCAGAGACCUUUAACCUGUACAAUGUAACUCAAACGGAUUUUGAACAAUGCAGCCAUGGAGAUAACAAAAACUUCAUCUUCGCUUGCGACCGACCGGAACGUGAAAAUAAGCUCACCAUCAAGUUCCAGACCAUCAGUCCCUCACCUCUCGGAUUUCGUUUCCAGUAUUGCUCCGAGUAUUACUUUGUGGCUGCGUCUCGUGAUCCAAACAAAAGAACAAAUGGCUGCAACAAAAACUCGAUGCGUUUACGUAUUUUUGUUGAAUGCAGAGAAACCCGCCACCACAAGCACGAUAAGAAAACAACAACAGCUAGUACUACCACAACCACCACACUCCCAACAACAACAAUAACCAAAGUACGGACAACAACCUCCAGGAAGCCUCGCAUCGUUCUACCCAACGUUGAACAUUCAAACACAACCAAGUCAAUACCUGACAAAAAACCCAGCGAAGACCCUGAAACUUUAAGACAAAUUAAAAAUCGAAGGGGAAAUAAUUCUUCUUCGUGUCUCUCUUUUUCUAUAAAUACGUGGACAUUAACAUUUUUUGUUUACGUCAUCACGACGUGGGUGAUGUCAUGAAUAUGUGACGUCACGAUUCUGAGUUAAUCCCAGUCAUUUGAAAGUUCACUUUUCGUUGACUUCUGUGGAAGACGACUAAGUUUCGUACAUCGCGGGAAUGGCCGUCGGUUCUGGGUUGUGAUUGGUCGCCGAGAUCGUGGACGGACCAAUCAGAAGGCGCAAGGUUCCAGUAUGUUACAAGUGUUGGAAGGGUGUUGUGUUUUGGAACUCGGACGAGAAGAGAUGUUGUUUUGAUAUUCCGAAUUAUGUUAUCUUGUGUUGCUAUUUAACUAGCGCUUAUUCUGUUCUAAUUUUCACUGUGAUUUCACGGUUCGCUUUUUUUGUUUCCUUGUUCGUAUAUCUUGCCUUGCCUGCAAAUGUUGCGCGGCAGUUUAUUUCGCUAUAUAUUUGUUUUAGUUCCUUGUUGCUCACAUCACGAAGCUUAAGCUUCAGCACCCAAACUUUCUGCCAAAUCAAAGUCUUCCAAUCCACCUCCACGCAAACAUGCCACGCCACAGCUUGUUGCCGUUGAUAAAAUGCAAUUGGCCUUUCGCCGCGGAAUUGUCAAAAUAAAUUAACGCUCGAUAUCA